CAGACUACAGAAACCAGAGACAGAGUAAGACUGCAUGCAGUGAGCAGUAUCAGAGAGACAGAGUGUGACGGCACGCGAAAGACGUACAGUUACUGGAGAAGCUGAAGCACCAAAGAAUGGCCCAGGGUUCUGACAGUCAUGAUUCCAGCUUUAGCAGGGGUUCACCUUCCAGCAGUAAACAGGACUCAUCAGAUGAAACAAAGAAGGUGCUGAGACGAGAAAAAAAUCGUAUUGCUGCCCAAAAGAGCCGACAGCGACAGACUCAGAAAGCUGAUACGUUACACCUAGAGAGUGAAAACCUGGAGAAAGAGAAUGCAGCUCUCCGAAAGGAGAUCAAGAAAUUGACAGAAGAUGUGAAAUACUUUUCCUCGGUUUUGAGCAGCCAUGAGCCACUGUGUCCUAUCCUGAGUCCCCAGCCUGGAGAUCUUGUUUUUGCUCCACAUGCAUUUCACCAGCCUCACAUCAGCUCAUCUAGAUUCCAGCACUGAUUGAUGCACCUGAUUAGCAGGAGGACAACACAAACUUACUCACCAUGGAGAUGUGACCAGGAGACUCCUUGUGCUCUGACUGGCUGUUGUGCUUCAGAGUACAAAUUAGUGGCUGGGGAUGAGACACGGGUCAAUCAAAAAUGACUCCAAGACUCCUUUAUAGAAUAGAUAAGUGCACUCCUGAGGGAUCUCUACAUUUCCCAAGAGGACCCUGUGAACUUCAUACUGAAAAACAGAAUGCAGGCUUCUCAAAGAGACAUUUCUAUGAAUGCAUAACAGGGCCAUCUAGUAUACUACAGUGACUUUUUCAUUUACUGUGGAAAAAGACAACUCAUUUUUGCCGUAAGAACAAUUGUAAACUUACAGUAUUUUACAUACAUUUCUGGCAAAAUGUGGCUUGUCCAGGACAGCUUGUAUUGACUGCACCCAGAUGAUGGAUAGUAUGGAUCAGAAGAAUGCAUUCACAGUCUGAAGCUAUGUAUGUUCUCUUAGCAAGUUCCAUGACUCAUUUCCAGUACGUAAUAUAAAAACAUUUUUAAAGAAAACAAAGUGAGAAGUGAGGUGGAUUUGUGGUAUUUAUAAUCUAUUUUGUAAACUAAGAUGAGUGGCAAAACCGCUGCAAAACACCUAAUUUAAGUACACAACUAAGAAUGGAAAUGGAGGACUUGGUAAAGGAAAUUAAGUUAAUAGUAUUUUCUUUUCUAUUCAUAAAUGGAAUACACUCAAUACAAAUGGAUUGUUUAAGGAGUCCAACCAAAAUGAAAUCAGGACAGACCGUGCUGUCCAUAGACCCACAUCUGUUUCAGCAAUUCCAGUGGUCCUCAGCUCAAAGCACUUCAGUUAUUUUUUUUUAAUUCAUUCUGUUUAUAAAUCUUGAAAAGUAUGUCUGUAUUUUAAUUGGUGCAUGUUUUCAUUUUUCAGUUGAAGACAGUUUAACAAAAACAUUCUCUCUAGCUUUUCUGUACUUGCAAAAGAAGCGGUGCUCAUGACUGUACCUGAAGUACAUUAGACAAAAAAAAAAAACAAAAAAAAAAAAACAAAAACAAA